GCCUGGGGCAGCCAGUGGCCCGGUCUCCUCUGGGAAGUGCUGUGAUGAAACGUUGCUGAUCAACGUAAUCUGCGGAGUGGUUUCGGGGGUGAUUUCCUCGGCACUUGCCAAUCCCACGGAUGUGCUGAAGAUUCGAAUGCAGGCUCAAGGCAGUUUGUUCCAGGGUGGCAUGAUUGGCAGCUUCAUCGACAUCUACCAGCAGGAGGGUACCCGAGGCCUCUGGAGGGGUGUUGUCCCAACAGCUCAAAGAGCCGCCAUCGUGGUCGGAGUGGAACUGCCGGUCUACGACAUCACCAAGAAGCACUUAAUCCUGUCGGGCCUGAUGGGCGACACCAUCUUCGCCCACUUCGUUUCCAGUUUCACCUGCGGGCUGGCUGGGGCCAUUGCCUCCAACCCUGUGGACGUGGUGCGGACACGGAUGAUGAACCAGCGGGCAAUAGUGGGCAGCACGGAGCUCUACAAGGGCACUCUGGAUGGCCUUGUGAAGACGUGGAAGAGCGAGGGCUUCUUUGCACUCUAUAAAGGUUUCUGGCCCAACUGGCUUCGACUGGGUCCCUGGAACAUCAUCUUUUUUAUCACAUACGAGCAGUUGAAGCGACUUCCCUUCUGACAGCUGUUUUCAUUCCACGAGAGUCAUCUUCAGGACUCGCAGCGGAGCGCUUUGCUGCAGCCUUCCUCUUCGUUUCACCAUCCCAUGUUUUGAUGUUUUGGUACAUGUGGGUCUGGGCUCUCCCCCUCCCCUAAAUGCAUGGUCCCUGGAGCAUGAUCUGGCUGAGGUGUAACUGGGAGGCUGAUGGAGGUGCUGCAUGUUUUUUCCCACGGAGGCAAGUGCUGACAGUGUACCAGUGUCUGGGCCUGGAGCAAUAUCUUCUGUGAAGAUCCGUGCGUUCCAGAGGCCUUUUGGUGCAGCUGUGGUUUGUUGUUCGGCUCGCGUGCGUUUUUCUGCCGUGCCGGCGGGGUGAGGCUGGAGGCUGGGAAGGGGUGCUGUCGUGUUUUCUUGCAGAGCUGUAACCUCAUUAAAUUAUUUAUUGACUGG